AUGUUGAAAAAUCAUACGCUAUUGGAGGACCAGCACGAUGGGGAGCAGCAGCUAGACGAAUUAUGCAUUGUCUGUAGGGAUAUCGAUUUAAGGCCAUACUUAUUCCAAGAUUCGUGGGUGGCAACAGUGGUGUCGGGAUUCGGCGAGAAGUAUCUCUGGGUGGAUGCGUUGUGCAUAGUACAAGAUGGCGAGGACAAGCAAACUCAGAUCUCUCAGAUGGAUAAAAUCUAUGGUUGUGCGACUUUGACUAUUGUUGCUCUUGCAGGCGACAAUGCCAACACUGGCCUACCUGGGAUAGGCACUACUCUACGAACCGUCGUUCAAUACUCCGAAACUAUUCACGGCCUCAAUCUGGUUGCAAAAUCCCCUGAACUGUCUGGACUUCUCGAUGCAUCAUGCUGGGAGUCUCGUGCUUGGACGUUUCAAGAAAGAAUUCUCUCCCGGAGACUGUUGUACUUUACCGAAGCUCAAAUACAUUUCCAAUGUCGUUCUUGCAUUUGUUGCGAGGACAUCUACGGAGAGUAUUCAAGGAGCACUAGGAUUGCCUCUGGGGCCGUAAACCCAUUAGAGCGAGAGGUUUGGGCUACAGAUGCAGCCUACAGCCCAGUUUUCAAUAUAUAUGAAGGACUGGUAAAAUCAUAUUGUGGGAGGCAGCUUUCAUACCACUCCGAUAUACUGAACUCAUUCUCUGGCAUUAUGUCAGCGCUACAAGAACUCCACGGAUUGAAAUUCAUCAGCGCUCUUCCUGAACAAGAAUUUGGCUUAGCAUUGCUUUGGCGGCCGAUGGCUAGUUGUCGGCCGCGAUUCAGGCUUAAUCCAGAUGAAGAAGGGUCUAGUUUUGAUAAACUUCCUAGCUGCUAUGCUGGUAAAGAUAUUCGGUUUAAGAGUAAAGUGGAAGAUUUCGCAGUCAAGGAUAAGACUGGGUGGCGCAGCAUAAAUCUAACCCCCGAACAUGAUAUUCUUGACCAUCAACCUCCGGCAACUUCUCUGACAUCUCUCUCUUCGGAGAAAAUUACUACGAGAGAUCAUGGGAUAUCUGAAGAUUCCCUUCCAGAUGUGCCCGUGAUACGUUUCUGGGCAGAAGCAAUCCAACUCGGAAAACUCUGUAUCUCCUCUGAGAAAACACUUCCCGAAGACAGCGGCUAUACCGUUUCCUCACUGAGUUGGCUUGAAACAUUUAACAAAAUAUGGAUAUACGAUACAGAAAACCAUCAUUGCGGCACUCUCGCCGGGGACGAGUCGUUGCAGGUUAACAUCGGCGAUAUCUCAAAAUACGAGCUCAUCCUCCUUUCACGCUGCUAUCAAGACGUUGUAACUGAUGCAGAUAUAGAAGCUAGCUUGGAUAGUCUACCGACGGAGUAUCCGGGAAGCCAAGAGUACUAUCGGGCGGUGUUUGAUACGAAUUUCUUUGUUCCCACGGAGGACUGGGCAUUGAAUGUCAUGUUGGUUGAGCGGAGAGAGGGCUAUUUUGUACGUCUGGCCGUUGGUCAAAUUCAUAGCGGUGCUUGGGAGAAGGCAGGUUCGUGUAAGAAGCUUUAG